UGCAAAAUCAUCCUGGUUUAUCCGUUUAGGUCAAUGUGUAAUAUAUCCUUUUUUUAUAUAAAAUCUAUGUUAUUUAUUUUAACUAUAUAAUUUUGUGCUAUUAUAAUUUCUCAUUCGAAUAUAAAUUAAAUUUUUGUAUUUCAGUUUUAAAAUAAUUUAAUAUAUAUUAAGUUAUUAACAUAAGACAAACAAAAUUUAGAAAAAAAAUUUAUAUUUUGUAUAUGUACUAAAUAAUUUUAUAUUAUGAUACUCUGUGUAAUGUGCGAGUUUUAAUCUAAUAUAUAAUUAAACCUUGUGACAUAAUAUUUUAUCUAUAUUUCAAUUAUCAUCUUUAUAUAAAAUUAUGCUAAUAAUUUCUAUGUAAGUAGUAUAAUAUAUAUAUAACUAUUAGAUAAAUAUUAUAUAUAUAUAUAUAUAUAUAUGAAAAGCACUUCCCAGUUCCCACUUCCCACAUGACCACUAUUGUAUAAUAGAAGUAUGAUUGUAUUUGAAUUUUAGUGGCAAUUACCAAGAAUACCAGCCAAAUAAAAGAAGCAGUAGCUGAAUUCAUGACUCAUGUUCUUUGUGUGAAUCCAAAGCCGUACCCAAUGCAAGAACUAGAUUAACUACUAUAAGCCAAAAACUAACCAGAAUCUUUGAUAGAGAAAGAUGGCUCAAAACAAAGGUUUACAUGGAGAGAACAAGAGAACAAGGCAAUAUGGUUUCAUGCUGAUGCUAGCUUUUGGUGUUUCAUUUCUUGGUGUUCUGAUGCUUCACAAGUUUAGAGAACAAGAGCACAAGGCAAUAUGCAGCUUUCUUGUCAAGGAGAAAGACGGGGAGCUUCUUUCCCUUCAGCUUUUAUUGCAGCAAAGAGAUCACAAUAAAGAGAUAGAAGGUAAGAUUGAGGAAAUGAAGGUGAAGAUAUACUCAUUGAAAGGUCAGAAGAUGGAGCUUGACAAGAGAGUUUUGCAGAUGAAGUCUACCAUGGAUUCUCUAAAAGAAGAGCAGCGAGUGAUUGAAUCUGCAUUCGAGGAGAAACAGAACGAGAUUAGGAUGCUGCAAGUACAAGGGAAAUUUUUGAGAAACAAUAGUGAGUUGAACACUUUCAAGGAUGCUGAGAUUAGAGUAGAAUCCAAGGAUGAAGUUAUGAAUGGAAGUGGGAAUGAUGAUAGAUUGAUCGAGACGAAUGAAGAUGACAAGGAGAAAGUAAAUCGACAAGUCAAAGAUACUCGAGAUGAUAGUAAUUUAGGAGUUACUGCUAAAAGUAAGAGUGGGAAGGAAAAUGAAAUAAACAAACAAGAGGAGCAGCAAGGAGUUGAGAAAAAGGCCAAUGGUAAAGAUUCUGUAAUGAAACAUGCCCAAGCAAGUAGAUUAUUGUGGAAGCAAAGGAGAAAGAAUAGCUUGAACGCUGAAGCAAGAGAACAUAGAGUAGAUGAAAUAAGACAAUAAUCCAUUAAUCUUCUGACAUAUUUCAUGACCAACCUGAAGAAUUUCAAGAAAGAAUGCACUCAUAGUUGCAAUGACUAAUAACUGAUUUCUUCAAGGAGUAGAUCAAUGAAGAAUAGAGUUUCAAGCAGGUUUUGUGAAUCAUAUUUACUGUUUUCAGGUAAAAUACAUUAGAUGGAAAUUUGUCGGUAAUCUUAAAAAGUACAUACCGCAAAUAUAUCAUAAAAAUUAUAUAACUUAAAAUGAAUUAUGU